AUGUUGGGACAUCUCUAUAUUACAUUUUUAGGCAUUGCGUUCGGCCACAAAGGUCUUCUUUUGCUGUUUGGUCUCCUGUUAGCAUACGAAACCCGCAACGUAAAGCUUGGAUGCAUUUCAGACAGCCGAUUCACUGCUAUGGCUGUCUACAACGUAGUCGUGCUCAGUGUGGUGACUGCCCCGGUUUCCCUCAUCCUUGGUGAUCAGCAGGAUGCACACUUUGCCUUCGUUGCUGUGGCUGUAAGUCAAAAAUAG